AUGGUGAGCGAGAAGACGGCAAUCGAGCAGCCAGCACGGUCUCCUGCCGAUAGCCAGGACGAUGCUGACGUCGACGAGCGCAAUGACGAGGAAAUAGUAAAAGUCCCGUCGUCAUCAUCUUCGCCGGACACGUCGCUAUGGGACAAAAUCAUCAACAUCCUCACUUACACGCCAACAUGGUGUCGGUGGAAUCCAGACAAGCCCCCGACCUUUUCAGUAUGGCAUAAUAUCCUCUUCGCCUUCGCAGGUGCUUUCACCGUCGGCAAUCUCUACUACAACCAUCCGAUUCUCAAUAUCCUGGCUCACGACUUCGACGUGAGCUAUGAGACAGUAUCACGCAUCCCGACGUUGAUGCAAGCCGGCUAUGCCACGGGGUUACUGUUUGUCUGCCCACUGGGUGACCUGCUGAAACGGCGUCCGUUGACGCUGGGUCUGAUCUUGUUCACAGCAACACUGUGGAUCGGACUAUGUCUAACGCGCUCGUUCGCGGCGUUUUGCGCAAUAAGCUACAUCUGCGCCAUCACCACCGUCAUCCCACAAGUCAUGCUCCCGCUCGUGGCCGAGCUCGCACCACCGACGCAGCGCGCCAUGGCUCUCAGCAUCGUCACGUCGGGCAACCUGCUCGGGAUCGUGACGGCGCGCAUCCUCUCGGGGGUGGUGACUAACUACACGUCGUGGCGCAACAUCUACUGGAUCGCGCUGGCGCUGCAGUACUGCGUGUUCAUGGCUCUCUGGCUCUUCAUGCCGGACUACCCGUCGUCGAACCCGGACGGGCUCAACUACUUCAAGAUGAUCGGCGGGAUUAUCCUGCUGUACCGCAAGCACGCGGUGCUCGUGCAGGCGGGGCUGGUGUCGUACUGCGUGUCGGCGUGCUUCACGUCGUACUGGACGACGCUGACGUUCCUCCUCGCCGACGCGCCGUACCACUACACGCCGGUCGUGAUCGGCCUGUUCGGCCUGAUCGGCAUCGCCGGCAUCGGCCUCGGCCCGCUGUACGCGAGGUACAUCAUCCAGCCGUUCGCGCCCAUGUUCAGCUGCCUGGUCGGGCUCGCGGCGAACCUCACGGGCGUCCUCGUGGGGACGUACUCGGGCCGACACACCGUCGCGGGGCCCAUCAUCCAGGCCUUCACGCUCGACAUGGGCCUGCAGAUCACCCAGGUCGCAAACCGGGCCUCCAUCGCCGCCAUCGAACCCAACGCCCGCAACAGGGUCAACACCGCCUUCAUGCUGCUCACCUUCACCGGCCAGCUGACCGGCACCAGCGCCGGCGCGAACCUGUACGACCGCGGAGGCUGGGUCGCGAGCGGGAGCCUGAGCGUCGCCUUCGUCGCUCUGACCUUCUUGAUCUGUCUUGCCAGGGGGCCUUACGAGCCUGGCUGGAUCGGCUGGAAGGGCGGUUGGGACAUGAAAAAGAAGAAUCUCGCCGAAGCCACGAGCGGUCCCGUGUCUGUUCUUCCCGUGGUCGAGACCGCGAGGACGGAGCGAGACGAAGAAGAGAAGUGA